ACCAAGAGGCUGGGGGCUUAAUGAAAAAGGGGAAGCGUGCAGUCUAGGACUGGGAACCUGCAGGAAUGACACCAUCUACCCGGUAUACCCGCUGACCGUAUCCCCUCCUCCUGCCUAUAAAAGAACCUGAAGAAUUGAAAGAGGACUGUGUGCAUUUGGAUAUUCCAGAGGAAAGAAUUACAACAAUAUUUCUCUUCUAAAAACAAAUCCAUUUAAAAGGCAGUGAGUGACCCAAAAGGAGAAUUUUGGAUAACUAUACAAUUUUUGUUUUAAUUCUUAAAAUGUUUUAUGUUGGCUUACUGGUCUUGAGUAGCUGCUUGGCCCUGGGGGCCGGCUACAGGAAAACUACAGACACGACAGCUGUUAAGAGACAAUACCAGAUCCAGAAUGGCCCGUGCAGCUACACCUUUCUGCUGCCUGAGCAGGACAACUGCAGGACCCCUAGCAGCACCUACACCAACCUGGUCCAGAAGGACGAUCCAGCAGAGUAUGACGAGUCUGCCCAGAGGCUGGAGCAGCUGGAGAACAUCAUGGAGAACAACACGCAGUGGCUCCUCAAGCUGGAGAACUAUAUCCAGGAAAGCAUGAAGCAGGAGAUGGCCAAGAUCCAGCAGAAUGCUGUCCACAACCACACCGCAGCCAUGAUAGAGAUUGGGGCUAACUUGCUGAGUCAGACCACUGAGCAAACACGGAAACUGACCAACGUAGAGACGCAGGUAAUAAAUAAUACAACUCGGCUCGAACGUCAGCUUCUUGAGAACUUUCUGUCAACGAACAAGUUGGAAAAACAGCUCAUUUUCCAAAUAAAUGAAAUAAGCAAGCUGAAUGACAAAAACAGCUACCUGGAGAAGAGGGUGGGGGAGAUGGAGGUACAGAUGCAGGUGGAGCUGGAGCAGCUGAAGGAGAAGAAGGAGCAGCUCUCUACACUUGUACUGAGACAGACUGCCGUCAUCGAGGAGCUGGAGAAACAGCUUCUACGGGCCACCACCAACAGCUCUGCCCUGCAGCGGCAGCAACAGGAGCUACUGGAGACCGUCAACAACCUAAUCUACACCAUCUCCGUCCCCGCAGGUGGAGUGAACAAGCCUACCAUGAUGCAGGAUACACCGACCACAUACCCAGACUGUGCUGCACUCUACAAGUCGGGGAACACAGACAGUGGAGUCUACUCACUGGCCCUUCCCAACACUACACAGGAGAUUAAGGCUUACUGUGACAUGGAGAUGGAGGGGGGUGGAUGGACAGUACUACAAAAACGAUUUGAUGGUCAUGUUGACUUUCACCGUACGUGGAAAGAGUACAAAAUGGGCUUUGGAAAGCCUUCAGGUGAAUACUGGUUGGGAAAUGAAUUUGUUUCGAUACUGACCAAUCAGCAACCAUACGUCUUGAGAAUACAGAUGAUGGAUUGGGAGGAUAACUCAGGAUUCUCACUAUAUGACCAGUUCUCUCUCGGCAGUGAAGCAGAAAACUACAGGAUACACCUUAAAGGCUACAGUGGAACAGCAGGCAAAAUUAGUAGCCUUGGUCAACCAGGAAGUGAUUUCAGCACAAAAGAUGCGGACAAUGACAGAUGUGUUUGCAAAUGCUCACAACUGACAACAGGAGGCUGGUGGUUUGACGCCUGCGGCCCCUCUAACUUGAACGGAAUAUUUUUCCAGCAUGGCCAGAACUCUAAUCGAUUCAAUGGAAUCAAAUGGUACUACUGGAAGGGCUCAGGCUACUCACUGAAGUCUACCACAAUGAUGAUCAGACCAGUAGACUUCUGAGGCUGUCCCAGAGACAUGCCUCUCACAGACGGACAUAGACAGAAAGGAGAGCAUUGUCACUCUGGGAAACUACAGACAAGACAGACUGAACUGUUCCAUAACAGCAACCUCACCACUUCCAAGCAUUCCACAAGGAAGGGAACAAAUUAACUUGCUCCAACAUGUCAGCAAAGAGUUUACUGUUUUGUACAAAAUUGACAGGUGAAAACGAGCAGAAGUCUAUGAACUGUGUAUUUUUAGAACCAUAUGGGCUUUGGACUGCAUAACCAACCGGGACAAGGCAGUCAAAGGAUGAAAUAGGUAUUUAUAGCUAACUGGAACUGUGGUAGAGAUCAAACAGUAUUGUUUUCUAUAACAAGCAAUACCAGGGGAAAUGUUAGUGUGUGACACAAUGCAAGGUUGACCAAGUACAUUCUGUAAUAACGAUAUUUCACCCCAUUACAUUUGAUACAAUGAAUUUGAAAAUGGUUACAUUGUAUUUUAUAUUAAAAUUUAAAAAUAGGCCUAAUACUAAAAGCAAAGAAAACUAGGGUACAAAUACACGAUCAAAUAUGAACAUAACGCACUACGGUCAUCAGUAAUGAAUCGACUGGUUUUCUUUCUUAGAGCUUGUACAUACUUACAUGAUUUAAUUUAAAAUGUAUAGAAGGUUCACAAAAUGUAUUAAAAUCAGAUGUGAUAACUUUGAUUGGGAUGUUACUCAAAACAUGUAAUCUAUGUCAAUUAACCUAAUUAUGCACUUGUGUGAAUCUAUGAUUACACAAUGGACUGAGUAAUUAAACUUCCACAUCCUUUGCCUGACUUAGGCUACGUACUCUGUGGUGAUUCUAAUCUGUAUCCAAGGUAUCCAUAGAAAGUGGAGCAUAUCUGCAUAUAUUUAUAAAUCUAAUUUAAAUGUUGUACUGUAGAAAUGUGAUUUAUGGUUAUAAUAAUUUAUGUAAUACAUUUUACCCAUGUUUCUGUGAACAUUUGGGACCAAAACUUUUUCACUUAAUUCUUCUAAGCGACUGGCGUUAUGAUUAGGAUUAGUGUAUUUAGGAAUUUUUCUGUGUGGAGUACAAUGUCUUGUCAGAUUCUGUCACUCCUACGUGACGCUCGUCCCUCAACCGACAGCCGUCGCGCAAUCUGAUGUGAAACAAUGAUGUGGACUAUGGAUAAUGGUUGUCAGAAAGGCAAAGAAAUAGACUUUAGAACAUCAUUCAAAUUAAAUUAUCUUAAAUUCAAGCUACAGUUCUUAUGUCUUCAUUCUGUUUUAACACAAAACAUUAAAAAAAAGUGUUUUAAUGUC